UUUGCCGCAACUGUCAUUUUUCGUGGAGCAUUCUCUGGGCAUCUUUAUACAUAGCAGAGGUUAGUAUUUGAGAUAUGAAAAGAAUUUUAGGUUUAGCCGAGUUUUCAUGCAUCUUUGUCUGUGAAAAAAUGUUCUGCCCCACUUAUGUUAAAGGAGGUUCCAAAUCUUUAAUCUCUUCUACUUUAGUGUUCACUUUGUAGAGUGCUUUAACAUGCUUUUCAGGCAAUGGGAAAGCCUUUGGUUAGACAAAACUUAAUGUGGUUAGUUACCAUUUCCCUUUUACCCACCAGUCACUGAACCAGUCAACUUUCUUUUCAUCAACCUGGAAAAUUCUGUAUCCUUAGCAAGGGAAAAAAAUGUAAUCAUGUUUGGGCUGGGUCCGUGCGAUGAGGAUGAGAACAAAUGGGCUUGAGUGCUGGAUAUGGGGCCCAUAUUUUCAGUGGAGAGGCAUGUGUUUGUCCCAUCAUGGAAAAAAGAGAGAAUAUAUAUGACCAUGUAUUCGUGUUCUCAAAAGCUAUUUGAUGGCUUCUAUUUUAUAGAACAAAGUUGUAUUGUUUAGUGUCCUUUUCCAAAUCCAAUACAAAUCCUCAUACACAAGAUCUUUCUCCCUCUAUUUUAUAACCAAAGCAACACUAUUAAUAGGCCUUUCACUGUAUCACAAAAAUAUCCUUCUGCACCAUCUCUCUUUCAAUCCCAGUGAUAAACCCCAUCAUAACUCUCUCUCCAUAAAUACUCCCAAAUAGGCCUUUGUACUUCUCUCAUCUCUGCAAAUCUCAUCAAGCAUUAAUCUCUCUGGUUUUUUAGAAGCUUAGAUACAGAUGGGUCUUCCUCAAACUCCGACUCCUACUCAUCUCUAUCCUGAAGCACUUCAACUUAAGCUUUACCAGGCCUUCAUAUUUUCAAUCCCAAUUCUCUUCUCCAUUAUUCUGUUUCUGCUGUUUUACUUGUUCUACCUCAAGAGGAGGGCUUCCACUUCCUCAUCUACUGCACCAAUACUUCCAAGCAGUAUGAAUCAAGCAGCUUCAUUUCUCUCCCCAUCAUGUGAGAUCGGUUUGAAGGGAGAGCUCAAAGGCAAGCUUCCAACAAUCUUGUUUGAUGACGAAUUGAAGGCAAGGGACUCACUAUGUUGUGUUUGCCUGGGAGAAUUUGAAAUCAAAGAGGAGUUACACCAGGUUCCGUCGUGCAAACAUGUGUUUCAUGCCGACUGCAUAUACCACUGGCUUCGUACAAACUCUACUUGUCCACUCUGUCGCUGCUCUGUCUUCCCCAAUACCAAAGCAGGCAAUCCAGUGUCCCCUGUUAGAUCCGAGCAUCCCGAUAACCAGAACUCCAACCAGCACAGACAAAAUGUCUCUUCACAGCAACAAGAAGAAAACAUUGGUGUUAGGUUGGAUAUCUCUGAUUCUUCCAGUGGACAGCAGAUGGUACCAACAGACGGAUCUUCUAGCUCGAGUUUAAGAGAGCCUGGCAGAUCGUCUGAGUUGCCCACUUGCAUGGACAGUGAAAUGGGUUAUCGGGACCAAGAAUCAAUUGUUCUUCACAUUGAAACACACUCAGAAAUCUGAGGGAAGUUGAGUGGAGUAGUUUAGAGAUUGAUUGCUAGUUUAUUAAUAUCAUCAGGGAGUACAAGGUAACGUAAACAGUACAGACUAGAACUCGAAAACAAUUCUAUAGAGACAAGUCAAAAUGCCAUAGAGGAUGCUGAGUAGAGAGCCCAUGCUAGAACUACAGAAAUCACAGUGAUUUUCAGAGGCAAUUUCCCUUGGUCUCUCCUCCAGGCCAUGGCUUCAUAUACUGGCCAGCAGUUCACCACUGCAAAACCAGCCAAGAACAUUUGAAGAAACACAUCUUCUAGGCUUCUUUGCCUGCAGGCUUUUGCGAAGCCGGAUAGGAAUGCGACCAAGUUGAUUAUAGCUGCUGUGGUUAGCGGCAAGAAAAUCGGGGAUGGGACUCCAAACUCGAAGAUCCCCUUCUGGUAUCGCUUGCUUUGUUCUUCUUCAACCACCUUGCUCGUCACAUUAAACCCAAAUGUGGAAAUGCCAACAUACUUCAGCAAGUACUCAACCAACCCGAACGUGAAACUCGAUAGUCCCCUCAUAAUCCACGCCCUCUGGUGGUUCCACCACCUCUGUGUCGGCCUGCCGGAUAAUAGAAACUCAAGAUAGUCUUGUCCAUAGGCUCCAAGGAAAAGAACCACAUAUAACAAAAACCAAGGAUCUGAUAUCUGUAAAACCAUGUUGAGUUUUCUUAGUUGAAAUCGACUCAAUAUUAUAAUGCUAAUGGAUGCAUAGAUGGGCAUACCUUUGGGAAUAUUGAGGCAGAAUUGAGCAGAGCUAGCUGGGGGAGAAAGGCAUAGAUGGUGAACGGAAUCCCCCAAAUGGCCCAGAAGGUAUAAUGAGCAAAACAUAGCCCUGAAAGGAGGCUUAUUGAUCGGACUCCAAAGGUGAUUGGGCUAUAUCUGGAGAAGGCAACUUCAAGAAGGCCAACUGACCAUCUCAUGGUUUGAUUCAGAAAAUCAUGGAGGUUGAUGGGUGACUCCCCUAGAAAUGCAGGCCUUUUAGGAUUACAAUAAAUGGACUUCCAUCCUUCACAUUGCAUCAGACAGCUUGUGUACAAGUCCUCAACCAAAGUGCCAUACCUAAAGCCCAUCUGCAAAUUGUAGAAAACAAAAAAUGAAUCCAAAUUUGUGCUCAAAAACUGGUGUUCCUACAA